AUGUACAAGACUUUAACAUCCGUUGUGAGCGCCAAGAUAAGUCAGCACAUUGCUGAUAACAGUGUGACGUCUGGAGCUCAAAACGGUUGUAAGGUCGUAGUAAGGAGCUCCUCCUCAUCGACGCGGCCGCUGGCCAACUUGUCAAACGCAACCGUCGGAAUUUUCUGCUUUCCGGAAAAUCCCGCUGUCUGGAUAGACUACAGGAAAGCGUUCGACUCGGUGCCCCACUCGUGGCGCUCGAGGGUCUUCGAACUGUAUAAAAUUGAUAGUGCCGUUCGACACUUCCUCGGCCAAUGCAUGGGGGAUUGGAGAACGAUCCUGACUCUGGACGGUCGGCGGAUGACGGAUGACGGAUGGGGAUGA